AUGUCGAACCCAAACAACUGGCAGGAGGAGGCGAUGCGGCGUCUGCGCCAGAUGCAGACGCGGGGCGGGUAUCCCGGACGAGGAGGACCGCAGAUGCCCAGAGGAGCAAACGGCGCCUUGAUUGGAGGAAUCUUGCUGGCGGGUGGCGCUUGGGUGCUGUCGAACUCGCUGUUCAACGUGGACGGUGGUCACCGAGCGAUCAAGUACCAGCGAUUAAGAGGCGUGAGCAAGGAGAUUUACAGCGAAGGAACACACAUCAACAUUCCUUGGUUCGAGACACCCAUCAUCUACGAUGUACGAGCGAAGCCGCGCAAUGUUGCUUCGCUGACUGGCACCAAAGACUUGCAGAUGGUCAACAUCACCUGCCGUGUUCUGUCAAGACCGAAUGUCGAAGCUCUGCCUCAGAUCUACCGAACACUCGGAACCGACUACGAUGAGCGAGUGCUGCCAUCAAUUGUGAACGAGGUCCUGAAGAGCGUGGUCGCUCAGUUCAAUGCCAGUCAGCUCAUUACACAGCGAGAGAUGGUCGCCCGAUUAGUACGGGAGAACCUGUCUCGCCGAGCUGCGCGAUUCAAUAUCCUACUCGAUGAUGUGUCUCUGACGCAUCUUGCCUUUUCCCCAGAGUUCACAGCCGCUGUCGAAGCCAAGCAGGUUGCGCAACAGGAGGCACAGCGAGCAGCCUUUGUUGUAGACAAGGCCCGACAGGAGAAGCAGGCCAUGGUUGUCAAGGCGCAGGGUGAGGCUCGAUCCGCCGAGCUGAUUGGCGAGGCCAUCAAGAAGAGCAAGGCCUACGUGGAGCUGAAGAAGAUUGAGAAUGCCAGACUCAUUGCUCAGCAGCUGCAAGAGUCUGGAGCCAAGAACAGGCUGAUGCUGGAUUCUGAGGGCCUGGGUCUGAACGUAUUUGAGGAGGAGAAGAAAUGA